UUUUUUCACACUACGUCGUACCAUCAUACCGUAAUUACAAGUGAUUCAUAGCAAUCUCGGUUAAGGCGAGCGGUGGGCCAGCCAUGAUUGGCGGCCUUUUCGUCUACAAUCAUAAAGGAGAGGUAUUGAUCUCUCGUAUAUACAGAGAUGAUGUCACACGAAAUGCUGUUGAUGCCUUUCGAGUCAAUGUUAUACAUGCUAGGCAGCAGGUUCGUACACCGGUGACGAAUAUGGCACGUACAUCGUUCUUUCAUGUGAAAAGGGGAAAUGUUUGGAUAUGCGCUGUUACUCGGCAAAAUGUUAAUGCUGCCAUGGUGUUUGAGUUCCUGAACCGAUUUGCGGAUACGAUGCAAUCCUAUUUUGGAAAGUUAAAUGAAGAAAAUGUGAAAAACAACUUUGUACUAAUUUAUGAACUGUUAGAUGAAAUUUUGGAUUUUGGAUAUCCUCAGAACACUGAUCCCGGGGUCCUCAAAACAUUCAUAACGCAGCAAGGAGUUCGUACUGCGACAAAAGAAGAGCAGUCACAGAUAACUUCUCAAGUGACCGGUCAAAUAGGAUGGCGUCGUGAAGGCAUCAAAUAUCGGCGGAACGAACUCUUCCUAGACGUUAUUGAAUAUGUAAAUCUUCUCAUGAGCCAGCAAGGUCAAGUUCUUUCUGCUCAUGUUGCUGGGAAAGUUGCGAUGAAAUCUUAUCUGAGUGGAAUGCCGGAGUGUAAAUUUGGUAUAAAUGACAAGAUCACCAUCGACGGUAAAGGAAAGGGCGCUAGUGAUGAUCCAAAUAAAGCGGCUCGAGCUUCUGUGGCUAUAGAUGAUUGUCAAUUCCAUCAAUGUGUAAAACUGACGAAGUUUGACACAGAACAUGCUAUUUCAUUUAUUCCGCCGGAUGGAGAAUACGAACUGAUGAGGUAUCGAACCACGAAAGAUAUCCAGCUACCAUUUCGUGUUAUACCACUAGUUAGGGAAGUAUCAAGGAACAAGAUGGAAGUAAAGGUUGUGGUAAAAUCAAAUUUCAAACCAUCGUUGUUGGCACAAAAGAUUGAAGUUCGCAUUCCUACACCUCCAAAUACGUCUGGUGUUCAGCUCAUCUGCAUGAAAGGAAAAGCAAAGUAUAAGGCUGGAGAGAAUGCCAUUGUUUGGAAGAUCAAGCGAAUGGGUGGCAUGAAGGAGAGCCAGAUUUCAGCCGAGAUUGAUUUAUUGUCCACAGGUUCUGAGAAGAAAAAAUGGAAUCGCCCUCCUGUCAGCAUGAACUUUGAGGUACCGUUUGCCCCUUCGGGUCUGAAAGUCCGUUAUCUGAAAGUAUUCGAACCGAAAUUGAAUUAUUCGGAUCAUGACGUAAUUAAAUGGGUACGCUACAUUGGACGUAGCGGUCUCUACGAGACAAGGUGCUGAACGACGUCGUCAUAUAUGAAUUGGUCCAAGAAUCGCUUCUGUGUGUUGUUUGUAUGUGCUUAUUGUUUAUUAUAUCUUCAUUCUGUAGUCAUUCCAGCACUUCACUGAGUUAUCCCGGUGAAUAUAACACUUGGCAAUAACUUAUACCCAAUUUCACGUGAUUUCAUAGUUUUUCAGUUCACUUCACGCUUCUGUUUAGCGCAUAAUAUAUAAUAAGUUAUUUGUUAUCCUCUUUGUCGCAUAAUUAUCAGUUCAUAAUCAAAACAUUCAAAUCAUCUUUGCACAAUUGUACACAGCUCUUCAUGACUCAAUCAUUGCAACGGAUAUAGAUGUUGAUGAUGCGUGAAGUGAGCUGAAAGAAUCCUUGUUUGCCCUAAAUUUGAUGAGUUUUCACUUAAUUUAUGAUAAAUUCGCCAUAAUAUCGGGCCGGCCUGGGUUGGUCGGGAGAUCCGUCGUUGAGCAUUUUUUAUAAUUGAAAUCAUUCCUUAUACAGUAUGUAACUUGCGACUUAUGUAUAGAUUAUUUGCACCUUUCUAUUAUAAUAAGCACACUUGCCAUAGCCCGAUCGCGAGUGUCAUAGAGUCUCUCACUAAUAAUCGCAGCACUCUAGCUGUAAUUGAGUUGCUUAUCAACCUUCAUGCUCUAAGUUUGCAGUCAUCGUUGUUCGUAAACGUUUCUGUGAAGGUGAAAUUCACUACUUAUCCAUUUGGGACCAGGUGAGCUACUGGAACCGUAGUAGUAGUAGUAGUCGCUUGCUAAUUUUAUCAGUCUUGACCGAUAUUCUAUUAAAUAUUCUAUUAACUUUGACCGUUAUGAAAAAAUAUCUGAUGUUUAGCGUAUUUGCAUUUCUUUUCCAAAAUCUGCAUCUGCGAUCAUACGACUGAGCUUCGAUGUGCCGGCCCUGAAUUUUCUCAUCUCGAUGUGUUCCCAAAGGCAUUGUAAAUCACUAGUGCACAAAUAUAACUAUUUU